AUGUCUUAUGAUCGUACAGAGGUUUAUGCAGCACCGGUUUUGGCCGGCGAGGAAAUUGGCGAAAACGAUAAUUCAGAGAUCAUCAAAUCCUUCCACAACUUUAUUUUAGAAUUCCGUUUGGAUGCACAUUUUGUGUACCGAGAGCAGCUCAGAAGUAAUCUGCUUUUGAAAAGAUACUGCAUAACGAUCGACACAGCGCAUUUGAUUGGCUACAAUGAAGAUCUUUACAAAAAGCUGUGCGACGAACCCACAGAUGUGUUGCCGUUGUUCGAACACGCCGUGACACUCGUGGCAAAAAGAAUCGCGCUUUUGUCCCGCGAUAUCUCUUCUGAUCUCAAUGGCUCAACAGAAAACCCUGACGAAAACACUGCAAAUAACGGCUCUGACACAGCGGCCUUAGGUUUUGAAAUUCCGGUGUGCCAAGUGCUGAUCAAAUCAGAUGCCUCUGAGAUCUCGUUACGAGCACUAGGGUCAGAAAAUGUCUCCAAAUUUAUUCGUGUAAGCGGAAUUGUGGUCUCUGCUUCCGUGCUAUCAUCAAAAGCCACUUUUCUCACACUUAUGUGCCGAACUUGUCGACAUGUCACCACAUUGCGCCUUAACAGUUUUGGAUCAUUGGGUGGGGCUAGUGUCAGCCUUCCAAAGGUGUGUUUAGCUGACCAUUCGCGUGAUACUGGCGCUAAUCCAUGUGGUCAGGACCCAUACAUGGUGGUGCACGAGUCUUCUCGUUUUGUAGACCAGCAGUUUCUCAAACUGCAAGAAAUUCCGGAAUUGGUUCCAGUUGGUGAAAUGCCUCGUAACAUAUUGAUGUCCGCAGAUCGUUACUUGACUAAUAAGAUAGUGCCCGGUACUAGGGCCACGAUAAUCGGAGUCUACUCGAUCUACCAGGCUAAAAAUCGUGGUACAGGAGCAGCUGCUAGUGGGGGGAAAGCUGUGGCCAUCAGGAAUCCAUACAUCAAAAUUUUGGGGAUUCAAACAGCACUGGACGGAAAUUCUAUUAGCAGUGGGGUGCAUUUUUCUGAGAAAGAAGAGGAACAAUUUUUGACUUUAAGCAGACGUCCCGAUUUGUAUGAAGUGUUCUCAAAGUCCAUCGCACCCAGCAUUUACGGCAACGAUGACAUCAAGAAGUCCAUUGUGUGUCUACUUAUGGGUGGAUCUAAAAAGCUUCUACCGGAUGGAAUGCGCUUGAGAGGUGACAUCAACGUACUUCUUUUGGGUGAUCCUGGUACCGCCAAAUCGCAGCUUUUGAAAUUUGUCGAAAAAGUUAGCCCAAUUGCAGUUUACACCUCCGGUAAGGGUUCUUCGGCAGCAGGUCUUACGGCUUCUGUUCAGCGUGAUCCUGCUACUCGUGAAUUUUACCUUGAGGGUGGUGCAAUGGUCUUGGCUGAUGGUGGCGUUGUCUGUAUUGAUGAAUUUGACAAGAUGAGAGACGAAGACAGAGUUGCUAUCCACGAAGCCAUGGAGCAACAGACCAUUUCCAUUGCGAAAGCUGGUAUCACAACGGUUUUGAAUUCGAGAACCAGUGUCAUGGCUGCGGCCAAUCCCAUUUACGGACGUUACGAUGACUUGAAAUCCCCUGGAGAAAACAUAGACUUUCAAUCGACCAUUCUUUCUAGAUUCGACAUGAUUUUUAUCGUCAAGGACCACCACAACGAGGAAAGAGAUAUCUCUAUUGCAAAUCACGUCAUGAACAUACAUACCGGACGCACAGCGAUCCAAGAGGGGGAAGAGGAGCUUGAUGGUGCGGAAAUACCGAUUGACCAAAUGAAAAGAUAUAUCACUUACUGCCGCAUGAAAUGUGCACCUAGGCUGUCAUCACAAGCGGCCGAAAAGCUCUCAUCGCAUUUUGUCGGCAUUCGCAAAAAACUACUCAUCAACGAGCUUCAGAGUGAGCAGCGUUCGUCCAUUCCGAUCACAGUUCGGCAACUGGAGGCCAUAAUCCGUAUAUCUGAGUCGCUUGCCAAGCUGGAACUCAGUCCCGUUGCUCAUGAAAAGCAUGUUGACGAGGCUAUCCGUCUCUUCCAAGCGUCCACAAUGGAUGCGGCCUCACAGGACCCGAUAGGAGGCCUUGGGCAAAACCCAGAUCAAGUUCAAGACGUGAGACGUAUUGAGGAAGAACUCAAGAGACGUUUGCCCGUUGGCUGGUCCACGAGCUACCAGACUUUACGUCGUGAAUUUUGCGAGCAGAAGAAUCAUUCCGCCCCAGCACUUGACAGAGCACUCUAUAUUCUCGAGCGUCAUGGAACUAUUCAACUACGUUACCAAGGUCAAAACAUUUACAGGAGCGGCGCUUAG